AUGACGUACAAACCGGGUUUAGUCGAAUACAUACUCAUUAAUUAUCGUUGGGUGUUCGUGUGUUUCUUCCUUUUGCCUAUAUCCUUCGUCUACGAUAUCCUCUUCUAUCUGCGCAAUUACGUCGUGUUUAAAUUAAGUAGUGCACCGAAGAAUCACGUUAAUAAAGUAAAACACGUUCAGGAUCAAGUGAAAAGGUGGGCGCAGGAUGGAAAGAAAACGAAGAUGUGUACUUCAAGGCCUGGAUGGCAAACUACAUCGUUUAGGAGACCGUUGUACAAGAACACUUUUUAUAAAGUUGAUGUUAAUCUAGUUGAUAUCUUGGAAGUUGACACUAAAAAGCAGACAAUAAGGGUUGAACCUUUAGUCACAAUGGGUCAACUAACAAAAACAAUAAAUCCUUUAGGUUGGACAAUCCCUGUGCUUCCGGAAUUAGAUGAUUUAACGGUAGGGGGGUUGGUGAUGGGUACGGGAAUUGAAUCAAGCUCCCAUAGGUACGGAUUGUUUCAACACACCUGCGUAUCUUAUGAAUUAGUACUUAGCGAUGGCAGUGUUAUAACUUGCUCAAAAAAUAACAACGCAGAUCUUUUUUAUUCAGUGCCAUGGUCUUAUGGAACCUUAGGUAUUUUAACUGCAGUUGAAAUAAAAUUAAUCCCCGCGAAAAAAUUUGUGAAACUUUCAUAUAAAGGAUAUUCCGAUUUAAAUAAAAUUUCUGAAGAAUUUAUUCGAGUUAGUAAAGACUCACGGAAUGAAUUCAUCGAGGGAUUAAUGUACGGUCCCAAUGAAGGCGUAAUAAUGACUGGAGUUAUGACGGACGAUGUUGAAAAUGAAAAGAUUAACGCUAUCGGAAAAUGGUAUAAACCGUGGUUUUUUAAACACGUUCAAAGCAAAAAAGACUCAAAGGGGUAUUACGAAUAUAUACCACUACGGGAUUAUUACCACAGGCAUACAAGAUCAAUAUUUUGGGAGUUACAAGACAUCAUACCGUUUGGAAAUAACGUGCUUUUCCGGUACUUACUCGGCUGGAUUGUUCCGCCAAAAGUAUCCUUGUUGAAACUCACCCAAUCCGAUGCUAUUAAAAAGCUUUACGAGAACAAUCACGUUAUUCAAGACAUGCUGGUACCCAUUGGGCAUUUAAAACAAAGCAUACAAGUUUUCGACUCUACAUUUAAAGUUUAUCCUUUAUGGUUAUGCCCUUUUAAUCUACCCGCUGAUCCAGGUAUGGUCCAUUCAUACACACGUAAAGACGAAAUGUACGUAGAUAUUGGAGUUUAUGGAGUGCCUAAAGUUAACGACUUCCAUCCGGUUAAAAGUACGAGAAAAAUAGAAAAAUUUGUUUCGGACGUAAAGGGAUUCCAAAUGUUAUACGCAGACACUUAUACAACGCGAGAAGAAUUUAGGGCAAUGUUCGAUCAUGAGUUGUACGACAAAUUACGUAAAAAAUACGAUUGCGAACGAGCAUUCCCCGAAGCAUACGAUAAGGUGAAGAAAUCCGCUAGAACUUGAUUUUGUAUUACUUUAAUAUAAAUAAUAAAUAACGUUUUAAAGGAAA